CUGUUUUUCUUCUUCUUUUAUUUUAGAUGGUUACGGUCUCGAGAUGGACGUUUCGAUGAAACGGCUGAAGCAUUAAAAAAGCAUAUUGUAUUUAGAAAGGCUUGGCAAUUGGAUGAUAUUGAUCGAUGGGAAUCACCUGAAAUCUUGGAAAAAUAUUGCGGUUAUGGAUAUUUGUCAGACAAAGAUGGUUGCCCAAUUCUUAUGUCAUUGCUGGGCAAUUUGGAUGUUGAAGGUAUGGUUCGUUCAGUGCAAUCGAAAGACUAUAUAAAGUAUUCAUUAGCGGCAGUCGAAAAGGGAAUGAAAUUGUGCGAUCAGAAAUGCAAAGAGAAUGACCAUGCCUUCGAACAGAUGAUGUUGAUUUUUGACCUAGACCACAUCAACAGUGCCCAUUAUUCAUGCAAAGCAUUUGCCUCCUCUUUUACUUCGCUGAUACUACUUUUCCAAGAGCACUAUCCACUCGUUCUCAAAAAAAUUCUUGUAAUUAGAGCACCAGAAAUGGCACGGAUCGCUUUUAACGCUAUGUCUUCAUUCCUCUCCGAUAAAAUAAAGGAAUUAAUUGAGAUGCCGUCAGAAGAUGAGUGGCAGAACGCAUUAUCCCACUAUGUCGAAUUAGAUUCUUGGCCAAUGCACUGGGGUGGUAAAAUGUGCGACGAGAACGGGGAUCCAAAAUGUCCAUCAAAAAUUCGUUACGGUCUCGGACCAGUCCCAGAUUCAUAUUACGUAGAUCCAAACACCGCUAUGACGGACUAUGACCAGCUAACAACGGUUUAUGCUGGAGAAAAGCAUCUCAUCGAAAUAAAAGUAAAACCAAAUACAAGGAUCAGCUGGCAGUAUAUGACGUCUGAAGAAGAUAUUGGCUUUGCCAUUCGCUACGACAACACUAACAAGGCAAACAACUUAACUGAAAUGGAAAUUGUUUUCCCAUAUAUUCGUUUAGAGUGCUCUCAGGUCCCGAUAGAAGGUUCAAUGGUGUGCGAGAAACCAGGAAGAUACAUAAUCGAGUUCGACAAUUAUUACUCGUGGUUUUCUGCAAAACAACUUCGCUACAACAUUGAUAUUGAGGAGUUAUGA